AGCCUGGCUCUCAGAAUUCCAAUGCUGCAGCCACGUUUACCGUACCUUCCCUGGUCAAUCAGUGGACCCGCUUUGCCAUCAGCGUGCGGGAUUACAGUGUGGUUCUUUAUAUGGACUGUGAAGAAUUUAAGACGGUUCAUCUUGAGAGGUCACCUGAUGAGAUGGAGCUGGAAGAGGGAUCAGGACUUUUUGUGGCACAAGCUGGAGGGGCAGAUCCUGAUAAAUACCAGGGCGUAAUUGCAGAAUUAAAAAUAAAAGGUAAUCCUUGGGCUGCUGGUGUCCAGUGUGUCGAAGAAGAGGAUGACUGUGAUACGAUGUGUGGUGAUAGUGGAAGUGGAAUAGACAUAAAGCAAUCAUCUUCCGAAAAGGAAAGCGUGAUUCCUGUGUUAUCAAGUCUGCCAGUGCCCCCGCCUGUUACUUCCCCUCCUACUGCCAAAAAGCCUGUGCAGCCAGAGGACAGUCUCAGUUUGCAGACUGAACACACUGAAUCAAAAGAGAGGCCGCCAUUUGUUUCUACAGCUGGAACCAAAGGUGAAAAGGGAGACCCUGGAGAAAAAGGGCAACGUGGCCCCAAAGGAGACCCUGGGCCUGGGAUUUUGUCAACAAAUGGUGACAAAGGAGAAAAGGGAAGUGCCGGCUUUGGAUAUCCAGGCUCUAAAGGACAGAAAGGUGAGCCUGGUAUUCCAGGGCUUCCUGGUCCAGUUGGGCCCCCAGGACCUUCUGGAACUGUCAUUCAGCACCCUGAUGGCUCUACUGUUGAGCAGGUUCCUGGGCAACCAGGAGCCAUGGGCCCACCAGGAUCUCCUGGAAAAGAUGGUCAACCUGGAAAGGAUGGAGAGCCUGGGGAUCCUGGUGAAGAUGGUAAACCAGGUGAUGUUGGCCCCCAAGGAUUCCCUGGGACUCCGGGUGAGCCUGGCCCAAAAGGUGAAAAGGGAGAACCAGGUGUUGGUGCAAGAGGUCCUCCUGGACCUCCAGGACCGCCUGGGCAACCUGCACUGAAUUCCAAACUGGAUAAGUUGACAUUUCUUGAUAUGGAGGGCUCUGGUUUUGGAAGUGAGUUGGAGACUUUGCGAGGUCCCAGAGGACCACCUGGGCCUCCAGGCCCUCCUGGUGUACCUGGUUUGCCAGGACAACCUGGAAGAUUUGGGACAAAUGGCACUGACUUUCCAGGCCUCCCAGGCCUCCCUGGGGUUCCAGGGAGAGAUGGCAGCUCAGGAAUUCCAGGACCUCCGGGCCCCCCUGGUCUUCCAGGAAGAGAUGGCAUCCCUGGUCAACCUGGAGAAACAGGAGCACGGGGAGAAUCAGGUGAAGUGGGUUUCCCAGGAGCACCUGGACCAAAGGGCAGCAAAGGAGAGCCAGGACCACCAGGAGCACCAGGUGAAACUGGCCUGGCAGGCCUUCCUGGGCCCAUGGGUCCCCGAGGAUUGCCUGGGCCUCCUGGGCCGGGCAUUGCGGCAGAAUUUAUCGACAUGGAGGGCUCAGGAGUCCCAUUUGUUUCUGGUGGCCCUGGAAUUCGUGGGCCAGAAGGUCCUCCGGGGCUUCCAGGACUUCCGGGACUUCCAGGACCUCCAGGACCCAAGGGAUAUGAGGGCAUCAUUGGUCUCCCAGGUUUGCCAGGUGAGAAGGGAAAUCCUGGUUUGCCAGGAUUAGAUGGUCGCCCUGGAUUAGAGGGUUUCCCAGGACCACAGGGACCAAAGGGUGACCAAGGUGACCCAGGGCCUCAAGGUGAAAAGGGUCAAGAUGGAAUAGGACUUCCUGGUUCUCCUGGGCUCCCUGGCCCUCCAGGACAAGUUGUGUACCUGUCUAAUGAAGAUAAAACUCUGCCUGUUUUGCCAGGCCCAGAGGGCCCAGUGGGACCAAAAGGGGAUCCAGGAAGCCCAGGUUUACAAGGCUAUCCAGGACUGAAGGGUGAAAAGGGAGAUCCAGGAGUAACUGGGCCUGAUGGAACAAUCUUAGCAGCUGAAGCAAAAGGAGAAAAGGGUGAGCCAGGCCCAAGGGGACCUGUGGGACCAGCAGGGCCACCUGGGCGAUCUGGACAGAAUGGAGAAAUUGGCUUUCCUGGAAGACCUGGUCGGCCUGGUAUGAAUGGACUGAAGGGAGAAAAAGGCGAUCCAGCAGACUUAAGCGGAGGUCUGGGCUUAAGGGGUCUUCCUGGCCCCCCAGGUCCUCCAGGGCCCCCAGGACUUCCAGGUUCUCCAGGCAGCGCAGUACCUGUUUAUGAGAAUAAUGCAUUUGGUGAUUUGGGCCCUCCUGGACCUCCAGGACUGCCUGGCUACCAUGGUACUCCUGGUCAGAAGGGAGAAAAAGGUGAAGAAGGACCUCCAGGGCCACCCGGCCAGUUCCCUUAUGACCUUAGCAGACUCAGCUCCACCUUCAGGGGAGAAAGAGGGGACAAAGGUGAUCCUGGGUUGAAAGGUGAAAAGGGUGAACCAGGUGGUGGAGAAUUGCUUGGAUCAAGUGUUGCUGGACUUCCUGGUCCCCCAGGGUAUCCUGGCCUUCCGGGCCCCAAAGGUGAGAGCAUCAGGGGCCCACCUGGCCCUCCAGGCCCCCAAGGACCUCCAGGUGCAGGUUUUGAAGGACGUCCAGGGCUGCAAGGCCCUCCUGGCCCUCCUGGCCCUCCAGGACCCCCUUCUUUUCCAGGUCCCCACAGACAACAUAUCAGCAUUCCAGGACCACCAGGGCCUCCAGGACCUCCAGGACCUCCAGGUGUUAGUGACCCAUCUUCUUUGGGGGUACGGAUCUUAGCAACCUACCAGAGCAUGAUGAGCAGAGCUCAUGAGGUGCCCGAAGGGCAGCUGCUUUUCAUCCGAGAGAGAGAAGAGCUCUACAUCCGUGUCCACAAUGGCUUCAGAAAAAUCCUUCUUGAGGAAAGAAUAUCCAUUCCUGGCUCUGGACUGGACAAUGAAGUCUAUGACAGGUCUUCCAGCAUCCAUUACUCUCACGGAGAUACAGCCUCCUCUGGAUCCCAGCGUCCAUUUCAGCCACACUCACCAGUGCAUGCACAUCGGGAACAUAGUACUUAUUCUACUGCCAAGCCUUGGAGAGGGGAUGAGAGUAUUGUCAACUCACACCACCUUCCUGAGCAACCUGCCAUCCACCAACCUCAUCAGGGAGCACAGUCCCAGCAAGGAUCCUUGGACCAUUUCUUUCCCAACCACCGCCAGACUGAGACUGCUCCUUUGGCAGUCCACACGCAUCAUGCCUUCCAGCCUGCUCUGCAUCUUAUAGCCCUGAACGCUCCCCAGAGCGGCAGCAUGCGGGGCAUCCGAGGAGCGGAUUUCCAGUGCUUCCAGCAAGCCCGGCAGGUUGGACUAUCUGGUACUUUCCGAGCGUUCCUCUCCUCCCGGCUGCAAGACCUCUACAGCAUAGUGCGCAGGGCAGACAGGAGCACGGUGCCCAUUGUCAAUCUCAGGGAUGAAGUGUUGUUUAAUAACUGGGAGAACCUCUUCUCAGGCUCUGAAGCUCCAUUCAGAACUGGGGUUCGUAUCCUCUCCUUUGAUGGGAGGGACGUCCUAAGAGACUCUGCAUGGCCUCAGAAGUACGUAUGGCAUGGCUCUGAUACCAAGGGACGGCGACUAACAGAGAGCUACUGCGAGACGUGGCGGACAGAUGACACAGUGGUGACUGGCCAGGCCUCCUCGCUAGCAUCAGGCAAGCUGCUUGAACAGAAGAGCAACAGCUGCAGAAACGCCUUUGUCGUCCUUUGCAUCGAAAACAGCUUCAUGACAUCUUCCAAGAAAUAGAACCCCGGAAUGGGCUGAUUGCAAGUGGAGGCUGAGAGUCCCAAGGUGCUCCUUCUGCAGUGGGGAGCAGGCAAGAGAUUCCUCCACCUCCACCGUCAAUCAGGAUAACAUGUCCAGCCAGUUUCAUAAUAUAGCAACCAAGCAGAUAAAUGAACAAAAAAGCCAAAGAGCAUUUUCCUAUGAUUUACGGCACAGAUCUGAUGCUGUUUUUUGUUUUUGUUUCCUCUGAGCACAGCUGCUGGAGGGGCUCAGGCAGAACAGGAUUAUAUGCAAGGCAGGCUCCGGGCAAGCGCAGCCCCUGAAAUGGUGUUCUCUCUCUGUCUCCUCCUGCUCAUAUGUAGUCCGAUGGCUUUUUUUCUUGUUAUCUUAAAGCUUCCCUGAUCACCUCCCUUUCCCUCUUACCUUUCCGAACAGUCCAUAGGUUCCUUUAAAUAAGAAAGCCAAGGCCAAAUGGGAUGUCAGAAGAUCUAUUUAUUUUUAUUGACUUAGUACAAGAUGGCUUCCCCAAACAGGGAAGUGCUAUCUUUGGAAGCCCUUAUUGUGAGCAUGUCCUCGGCGUUUUAAAUCCCAGUCACUAGGCACACAUGGUACCAUCUGCUCUUCUAUUAGGGGCAUGGAGCUAAAGGAAACGUAUUUGAUCUUGCUGAAACGUUCAUCACCAAAAUCAUCUUAUAGGCCCCGGGCAGGCUUUUCGGCAUGUGCCCUGCACAGCAUCAAAAACUUCCUAUUUCAAACAACUUGCCAUUGCCAUUCUGCUGGCCUUGCCAGCUGGCUCAACUGCUUUUGCUUUUUUUAUUUCAGACACAGAAGGAAGUAAUACUGCUCCCUUCAAAGGCUAGUUACAAUUCCUGCUGCAGAGUUUGCAACAUCCUCUGCAGAAACAGGGCCAGAAGAGAGAGAUGAAUAACACUAGCAAUCAUUCAGCACCAUUCUUCCCAUGUCCCUUAAUUGCCCAUUUCUUGUUCUUAAAAGUGACAGAAGUGUUACAAUCGCCUUAAAGGUGAUUUAGGUGUGGAAUUUUCCUUAGGGGUCUGGAGGGAAGCACAAAUGGAGCACAGUUACCACAAAAAGAAUCUCUAUUUUUUCUUUUAUUGAGGAUUCGUUGUUGUUUAAAAGAUUUUUCUUCUCUGCUUUGCAGGGAAGUUGCCAUUCUUUACCUCACCCAGGCAUUUGCCACAGAAACUGGGUUACAGCAAAACCUGGGGAUCCCUAGAGCUCCCAUUAGUUAUCAAAGCCCUGCCAGUCCUCUCCCCUUGACCUGCUGAUAGCAGCCACUGCUUGGAGAGAGAGCCUGUUCCAUGCACACCAUCCCAGCCAGGUUCCAACCUCAGUUACCAGGGAGUGCAUAAUGUAAACGGUCCCUGGCUUUAGAAAGCAGCGGCCAGGUAACAGUAGACAAGAAAACCAAAUGCACCCACAAGGAGCUACCUUCAACACAUCAGGUCAAGUUCACUCAAAACCUGGCAAACCCCUGUGCCAAUGAACAUCAGGUUAAGUGCUGUUAGCCACUUCUUUCAAACCAAAGUUAAAAGAAACCCACCCAUCCAAUCAAUAAUUGUGUCUUCCCCUGUUCCUGAUUAUGGGUAGGAACCACGCCUAUGCAUUCCAAAGCAUUAAAGCACAAGGAUAUUUUAAGGUGUGGAGACCACUGGAGUAGACGGGGGUUGUGUCUGCUUUGCUCCCCUAUAAAAGCACAGCUUGGAGUCCUGACCCUGGAGCCUUUUUAAAAGCCAUCAUAAGAGCGAGUCAUAGCAAAGCAACUUGGGGCCUUUCCUCUGUGGGUAGGCUUAACUGCUAUGGAGUGUCUGAUCUACAUCACCUGUCUUGCAUCUUGGUGCCCAGAACCUCGGCCAGGCUGAUGCUUGCUCCAUACCCAUUCAUUUGAGUUGGUUUUUAAAAACCAAGGUGCUAAAUUCCUACUUAGCUUUGUUUUUACCGUCCUAAGAAAAUGUUGCUACCGCGGUGGGGAAAAUUUGUGCAAGUCAUACAGUCAGUUUUCUUACUGUCUACUGUAUUUUGUGAAAAUUUAAUGCAGUUUUAAAAGCCUGUGGAUCUCUAUAUCUUCGUCAGUUGCGUGUUGUGUAUUAUAAACUGUUUUCUAAAGGCACUGAAUAAAGGAAAGUAUCCUCCUC